AUGGACAACGCCAAUGUCACAUUUAUUCCGGAAAACAUGUAUAAUGGCCAAGCACAAGCAGAUGGUGAUACAAUGCGACUGAUCAUAGUCAACUACAGCGUGGCGCAAGCUCCUGCUGAUGCUGUCACAGCAAAGGUCGUGAAUGGAUGGCACACCAGCAAGAGCGAUCCAAAAGUGCAUUGCACAGUUGACUACCGGUGCAAUGGCAAGAAAAAGAAUAAACGCCGUCAUGUCUACGAUACCAAUGGUUUAAACAGAGUGGUUGUCCGGAUCUAUGGUGCCGGAAAGGCACAUGCUCAAGGCGUUGGCGUUCUUCUGUGUGUGAAGGCAAGCUCUUACCUGGUGGAAAUUCCUACAGUCAGUCAACUACUUAAUCCAAUCUUGGUAGUGAUGUUCUACAUGCUACGCCAACCCACUUCCUAUACUACAUAUCAUCGGAUAGACGGUCAUCUUGAUCCGAAAAAUGCAUGA